UUUCAGGCAGUUUCACCAAUUUUAGAUGCUCUAGACUCGAACAAUAAUAUCACGUACAGACUUUUCCGGGAUGCUACAAGAUUUGUUGAUGGUCAUCAUAUCAAAGAUUUGGAUGCAGUAAACAGAGAUUUAAGAAAAGUUAUCGUUAUUGAUUGGAAUCCAGAGAGUGUUAAGUUUCACCCAGAAAAUAUGCUUCAAAUUCCUCGUUGGAACGGAAAUGAUCAUGAUACAGCCCUGUACGAUUUAGCAGUAUUCCUGAAAACUGUAUACGCGACAAAUGUGGAGGAUGUCAGAGAAGUGCUUAGCUACUAUCGUCAAUUUGAAAAUCCGCUAGAAAUAUUUAGAGGAAAUCAAAGAAAACUGCUCGAGCAGCUAGAGAAUGAAGGCAAAAGAGUACAAAAAGAAGACAACAAACUACUAGGAUCAAGGUGGACACCGUUUUUUUUAAGAAAAUAAUGACUCCUUCAAGAACAAUGUCAUCAUUUCGCAGCGUAUCAUUCUCAAUGAAAAACAUGUUUCUUUUAGUCGUACAAAAUCAAUAUUUUUAGCUCAGAAGCAUAACAUUGAAAGUGUAAAUAUUUUUUAAUUCUUUAUGUGGGAAAAUACAAAUUUGCGUUAACGUUU